GACAUGGACUCCGACCAGGGAGAAGAGGAACCGAUUGCUCUCGACUACGCGCGCUCAAACGAUCUUUGUAAAAACUACACGACCGAGUUGAGGCAGCUUCGCAUCGGUGAUACUUAUAUCCCGUCAGAGGAUACGAUUGAUCAGGAUCUUCGGGAUCCUUCGGAUGUGUCUAUCACUAAUGCAGCAGCUCAACUAAUCAGGGAACGACUGACGCUCACCAAGGAUGCUGUACUGCUACUCAAAUCAGUCUUUGUGUUGCGAGAAGCACCGGUGUCCGAUUUCGUCGCGGAAGAUGGGCGGACGCGCAUCUUAAACAUAAAACAGGAGCUUCCAAUUCUGCGAACAGAUGUUGAGCUCGACUUGCAGAGUUUCGGAAACGCAGCGAUGCCGGACUUGAGCGAUUUGAGGAUACCACUUGAAAGUGUUAACGAGGAGAACGACGAAGGCUUUGAGUGGCCGUCCAAGUAUCUCGCCUACCCUAAACUAUGCGCUGAGCGGGCUAGAGCCGAGAGACUUGCAAUCUCCAAGGACGUUCUUAUGUAUUUGCAAGAUGCGAUUCGCGAUGCGUACACGCAGGAGGAUUCUGAGAGGAUCAAGUCGGAGGGGUUGAAGUACAAGCCACUUGCCUCGGAAAGCAGUGAUGGCAUUGCUGCAGAAGCAAAAGCUCUGGAGUACAAGAUCAUGGCUGCAGAUUCUCUCGUCCGCAAGAGCUCAGACAGUAGCGAUUCCAUGCUGCUUGACACGACUCAUCCACCGCAGUCCAGUCCGCUUUUUGAAGAGUACAAGUCACCGACCAUGAAACGCAGGGUAGAAGACCUCAAAGUAGAGGGCCCAUUGACACCGCCGAUGUUCUCUGACUCGCCGCUCAAGAAGCUGAAGUCUGUGUCAUUUUCAAAUAUCCUGCAUGAGUACAUCCUGCUUGAGCCGUGGGCAGAUGAUGAGAAUGAUGGCAAUCAAGUAUCUGAAGGGAGUCUUCCUGACCUUACCAAAGACCUCGAAUUUCUAGCCAAAGAAGUAGAGAGGAAAGUCGGCAAUGAGCAACUCUCCGGAGCGGAUACAACUGCACGUGUUGGCAUUCCAGACGUCGACUUCUCCUUACCGAUAGCGCCUUGGAACGAGUACAGCCAGAAAAAGGGUGGCAGGUGUAGAACUGGAGUCUCGGAACUCGAUACGCAGAUGAAGUUUCUACUCAAAGUGAAGCGCGAAGACAUGAAAUCGGCUACUUCGUGGCACGGGGUAUCUGCUCUGAACAGAGAGCUACCUUGGAACUUCUUCACGGUUAAAGUGUCUAAAGUUAGCCUUGAAGAAAAGCUUCAUGGCGAAACAGAACUGGACAAGAUACUAACAGAUCCGUUGACGGGUGUUAUCGCAAGUAGUUCGACAGAGGUGUGGAAAAGAGAAGGGCUGAGGAUACUUGACAAUACGGACGAUGACGAUGAAGAGCUGGAGGUGGAGCUGGCUGAAGUAGAGGAACGUAAUGACAUGGAAGCAUUGAUUCGCAAGCGGAAACUGGAGAUGGAAGACGAGACCGUGGAUGCGCAGCGCAAACGAUCGGAUACCAGAGUGGUCGCACACAAUUCACGAACGCAAAUACAUCCACCACGAGGAGUUCUCGAUUGUCGGCACUGGAUGGGUGAAUCGCCUGUGCAUGGUGCGCCUCCGAAGACGCGUUCCAAGACGCUUAAUCUCUCCCAACAGAGUCCGCAAGCAUCUGUGGCUCGUCGAAAGAGUGUCAAAGCACCUAAAGAAACGAGUGAUGCGCUUAUGUUUGGCGGGUUUUCUGCGACUACGGCUCUCCACAAGUUCAUGGCGACACAAGGGAGGGCUGUCGAGAUCAGUGCUCGGGCGAGUGAGGAAGGUCUUCCUGCGAAGGGUCUUUCUGCGCAGUCUAGUCGAGCACUGCCUGCCUGCUCGAGGGAUCAAUUACCUGAUCGCUGUGUCAUCGUUGAUCGAGCGGUGAUGACUGCGCUUGGAGACAACAAUCAGCACCCCAAUGGUCGAGUUGGAGAGCACAAGGAGAUGUCUCAUCAAUUACCAGAUCUCCAAUCGAUCCCCACCUAUCUACCACCCUGUUCCUUCAUCGUCUCAUCCAAGCUCCUCCAACGACGAAACUUGACAAAGCAAGUAGAACACUUCUACCCUGCAGUAGAGAUUGUAUAUCGAGACUACAACCUCCGACACUCAGCCGCCCAGGAAGCAGACAUUAUCCUAUCACCCUCAACCGGCCUGAUAUUCACAACCAUGCAACAAGUCAAGCAGCGAGCACUUCCCGGCCAACCCGAUCGAUCGCACAUCAAAGAACGCAUGUCCAGCCUCCAGCUGCGGUACGAGAGGCUGCUCGUCAUGGUCAGUCAGGGUCUCAGUCACGAGAUGGAGAAACUGGUCUCGAAUCGCCCGGACGACCCACGCGACAAGGAGGUCCUAUCCGCGUUUGAGCAAUUCUCCGCAAAGCUGGAAGGCGAAGUGCUGGUCCGCUAUGUUCCUGGGGGCGAGCAGGCGCUCGCGAGGUGUAUUGUUGUGGAGAUGGCGCGUUAUGGACUGCCGCAUGGCUCGAAGGAUAUCGCGGACAUUAAGCCGCUGGCUGCGGAGACGAACUGGGAGGUCUUCCUCCGUCGAGCGGGCCUUAAUCCUUUUGCUGCGCAGGUCAUCCUUGCUUCUCUAAAGCAGCCGUUCGAGCUGCAGAUUCCGUCUACUGAGGGGUCGAGCUCCUCUUUCGGACAGAAUGAGACUGUUUCUGUGUUUGGUCUCUCGGCUUUCUUGGUGAUGGGUGGGGAGGAGAGAGUGAGGUUCUUCCAGGCGCUUAUGGGUGGAAGCCGGGUGCUGGGGAGAGUUGGGAGGGUGCUGGAUCAGGAGUGGGUUAGUGCGGCGCAUGGGUUUAGGAUGUGAUGGUUUGUGAUGUUUUGAUUUCAUGAUCAUCUGGUGGGAACUGGGGUACAAAAUACGCAAGAUAUAAAGGCGGUUGGUGAUGUUUGACUCGAGACUUGUAGAUACUUGAGUUGUCCACACCACAUCGAGCAACAACUGAAGGUUGAGUACACAACAACCUAUCUCGUUAUGGUGUCUAGUUAGACCCAGCAAACUCGAAGAGUAAAGCAAUUAGCAAGACAACCCCAUU